AUGUUGAGGGUGAAAUUUAUUCCGGUUUAUGGUUUUGGUUGUUUGCAGAAGAAGAACAAGAAGGUUAAUCACGACGGUGGCGGUGGUGGUUCUGAGAAGAAGAACAACAACGAUGUCCACCCCAAUGAGGAACCCAACCAGAAACGAGAAGAGGAACAGAAGAAGGACAACAAUGGCGGCGGCGGAGGCGGCGGCUCCGGUGGUGGAGCUGUCCUUCUGAAAACUGAGUUGCACUGCGAGGGUUGUGCCAAUAAAGUCUACAAAUUUCUUCGUGGGUUCUCUGGCGUGGAGAAUGUGACCUUCGACGAGGGCGCAUCGGGGAAGAUAAAAGUGUUCGGAAAAGUUGAUCCGGUUGAAAUCCGGGAGAAACUGGAGCAGAAAACACACAAGAAGGUUGAGCUACUCUCGCCGGUGCCGAAGAAGGACAACAACAAGGAAAUCGCAAAAGCCAAAGACGGCGGCGACGGCAAGAACUCUGACGGAAAAGGCGACAAAAAGAAAGAUGACUCCAACGAUAAGGACCACAAGAACAACAAGAAGGGCGGAAAAGACGAGAAGACCCCCAAGCAGCCUCCGGUUAGCACGGCUGUGAUGAAGGUGCCACUGCAUUGUGAAGGCUGCAUUCUCAAGAUUCACAAAAUCAUCUCCAAAACCAAAGGUUAUGAAGAAGUGAAGAUUGAGAAGGAAAAGGAUUUGAUAACAGUGAGAGGUGCAAUGGACAUGAAGGCCUUGGCAGAGAAUUUGAAGAAGCAUUUGAAGAGGAAUGUUGAGAUUGUGCCACCUAAGAAAGAUGAGAAGAAAGAGAAAGGCAAUGGUGGUGGUGAAGGUGGUGGUGGGGAAAAUGGUGGGGACAAGGUGGAAGGGAACAAAAUGCAGGUGCAACAGGUUGGGCAGCAGCAGCAGCAGUUUGGAGGGUACGGAAUGGCAGCGCUACAACAACAACAGCCAGCAUAUGGGUACCCUAGCCCAAGUCCCUAUAUGUAUGGAGGAGGUGGAGGUCCUGCUUAUUUGGUAGGGGACCCUUAUGCUCAUUUUCCCUAUCAUGCCCCUCAGAUGUUUAGUGAUGAAAACCCCAAUGCCUGUUCUAUCAUGUGA